AUGCUACCCUCACUUUCCAAAUCGCUGCUCUGGCUGGCAGCGGCCGCGGUGCCGCUCGUCUCCGCUGAGCGCAUCAUCGAGUCCAAGUCGCUGAACCCCUGCAUGUCCAACUCCAGCUUCUCGGCCACGCUCUUCAAUGUCGCAUUCACACCAGGCAACCGCAGCUUGGACUUCAAGAUCGAGGGCAUCUCCAACAUUGCCGGCAAGAUCGAGGCCGAGAUGGAGCUGCUGGUCUACGGCUACUCAGCCAUGAAUGAGAAGAUUGACCCUUGCAACUCGAAAGAGCUCGAGGGCAUGUGCCCUAUGAAUGCUGGGCCACUGACCAUCAAGUCCAACUUUCUCGACAUCAGCCAGGACGUUAUUGAUAAACUUCCCGGAAUCGCCUACACCAUCCCCGACUUGGACGCUAUUAUCCGAAUCAAGAUCAAAGACAAGACGACGCACGAGCAGCUCGCCUGUGUCGAGGCGGAGCUGUCCAACGGACACUCGGUUCACCAGAAAGCGGUUGCAUGGACGACGGGUAUCAUUGCUGGCCUAGGUCUGAUUGCAUCUGCCAUUACUUCUGGCCUGGGUCAUUCCAACACGGCAGCGCACGUCGCCGCCAACGCCAUGUCGCUCUUCGGCUACUUCCAGGCCCAGGCCUUCCUCGGCUUGUGCGCCGUGCCCCUCCCUCCUAUUGUCGCGGCCUGGACCCAGAACUUCCAAUGGACCAUGGGCAUAAUCCGCGUCGGUUUCCUCCAGAAGAUGGCGACAUGGUAUCAGCGUGCGACUGGUGGAACCCCCACAAAACACCUUUCGCAGCUGUCGUUUGUCUCGGUCGAGGUCCAGAAGAGGAAGAUGCUGAAGCGUGCCCUGGAUUUCACUACUGGCUCCGUUGGACGCCUCAUGGCCCGCAGUAACGCUGCUGCCACCGAGGCUCAAGCAGGCGGCGGACGUCUUGUUCUCCACGGCAUCGAGCGUGUCGGCUUCAAGGCCCGCAUGGAGACAACCAACAUCUUCUUCACUGGCUACGUCUUCUUCGUCAUCUUUGUCCUCUUCACUGUCAUUGGCGUGGUUGCGUUCAAGUUCAUCUGCGAAGGUCUGGCCAAGGCUGGCAGAAUGAAGAGCGACAAGUUCCUCGACUUCCGCAACGGUUGGCAAACCGUCUUGAAGGGUAUCCUCUUCCGUGUCGUCCUCAUCGGCUUCCCUCAGAUGACGGUAUUGAGUUUCUGGGAGCUCACACGACGUGACUCGGCUGGCCUCGUUGUCCUGGCUAUUCUCAGUAUGCUCACCAUGAUUGGCAUUCUUGCUUGGGCCUCCUCCAAGGUCGUCCGUAUUGCCCAGCGCUCCAUUGCCAUGCACAAGAACCCCGCCUACAUCCUUUACUCGGAUCCUGUCGCUCUCAACAAGUGGGGCUUCCUGUACGUACAGUUCAAGGCUGCCGCGUACUGGUUCAUCAUUCCAUGGCUUGGAUACCUCCUUAUCAAGGCCAUGUUCGUUGGUCUUGCCCAAGGCAGCGGAAAGGCUCAGGCUAUCUCGAUUCUCAUCAUCGAGCUCGGCCUUCUUGUUGGUGUUUCGGUUCUUCGCCCUUGGAUGGACAAGAAGACGAAUGGUUUCAACAUCGCCAUUGCCGCUAUCAACUUCCUCAGCGCGUUUUUCCUAUUCAUGUUUACGGAAAUCUUCAAGCAGCCCCCUAUUGUCACUGGUGUUAUGGGAGUCAUCUUCUUUGUCGUCAACGCCGCCUUUGCCCUGGUCCUUCUGUUAAUGCUCCUCGUCUCGUCUGGAUUCGCCCUCUUUACCAAGAACCCCGACACGCGUUACCAACCAAUGAGGGACGACCGCGGCUCCUUCAUCAAGUCGCAGACUCAGCUCACCACAGAGCUCGACGCAUUAGGUGCGACUGCACGUGGCGAGGGCAAGGGCAGUCACCAGUCUCGAUCGCGCCUCGACGACGACGACGACUUUUCGUCGGCCGAAGAGCAGCGCCAGAUAGCUGCCAAGGAGGGCGGCUUCAGCGAGCACUACCAGCCCGUACCGCCGCGGAGUCAGGGAGGGGACAGGAGCGUUUCGCCAUCGCCGCCCUCAUUCUACGACCGCCGCAGCCCAGCGCCCUCGUAUGGGGCGCCAGACAGCACAAGGAACGAUGUACAAUAUCGCCAGGCGAAUAGCACGAGCCCAUGGCAGCGAGGCGCGGGUUAUGAGCAGCAUUGA